CUCAAGGAGGACGGUCGGGACAGACACGUGCAGAGACAGAGAGAGACAAGUGCAGAGAGACGCAGAGGCAGAGCCGCGGACGCGAGAGAGAGACGUGGAGAGAGACUCAGAGCGCAGAGCCCAGGACCCCGGGACCCCGGGUCAGCGCGGCCACUCCAGGAGCCCCUGCCCCCGCCUUUAUGCCCGUCAGGUGCCCAGCCUGGCCCAUCCUCCAGGUGAGCCUCCAGCUGUGCCACCCAGCGUCUGAGUGACAGACCCCUCAAGUUUGCCGAGGACAGCCACAGCGCUGAGGAUGGCUCAGGUCCUGCACGUUCCGGCCCCCUUCCCAGGGACCCCCGGCCCGGCCUCGCCCCCCGCCUUCCCGCCCAAGGAGCCCGACCCUCCGUAUUCCGUGGAGACGCCCUACGGCUACCGGCUGGACCUGGACUUCCUCAAGUAUGUGGACGACAUCGAGAAGGGCCACACGCUGCGCCGGGUGCCCGUCCAGCGGCGCCCGCGCCUGGGCUCGCUGCCGCGCGGGCCCGGCUCCUGGUGGACAUCCACCGAGUCGCUGUGCUCCAACGCCAGCGGGGACAGCCGCCACUCGGCCUACUCGUACUGCGGCCGCGGCUUCUACCCGCAGUACGGCGCCCUGGAGGCGCGGGCGGGCGCCUUCAACCCGCGCGUGGAGCGCACCCUGCUGGACGCGCGGCGGCGGCUGGAGGAGCAGGCGGGCGCCGUGGCCCCCGGCCUGGGCUCGCUGGCCCCCAGCGCCGCGGGCUCCACCAGCUCGUUGGUGGGCGUGGGGCUGCCGCCCCCCACGCCGCGGGGCUCGGGCCUGUCCACGCCGGUGGCCCCCAACGCCGGCCACCUGACCCACGUGCGGGAGCAGAUGGCGGGCGCGCUGCGGAAGCUGAGGCAGCUGGAGGAGCAGGUGAAGCUGAUCCCCGUGCUCCAGGUGAAGCUGUCGGUGCUCCAGGAGGAGAAGCGGCAGCUCAUGGUACAGCUCAAGAGCCAGAAGUUUCUGGGCCACCCCGCGGGCGGCCGGGCCCGCAGCGAGCUCUGUCUGGACCUGCCCGAGCCCCCGAGCGAGCCGGGGCCUCCGGAGACACGGAGCGUGGGCACCUGGGUGCGCGAUCGGGACUUGGGCCUGCCCGACGGGGAGGCGGCGCUGGCCGCCAAGGUGGCCGUGCUGGAGACGCAGCUGCAGAAGGCGCUGCGGGAGCUGCAGGCGGCUCAGUCGCGCCAGCCCCAGGCCUGGCCCCCGCCCGACAGCCCCAUCCGGGCAGACACCUUGAGGGUGGUGGAGGGGCCGCGCGAGGUGGAGGUGGCCGCCAGCACCGCGGCUGGGGCCCCGGCGCAGCGCGCGCACAGCCUGGAGCCCUACGGGGCGGGGCUGCGCGCCCUCGCCACAGCCGCCCCUGCCGAGGGCCCCGCGCUGUACCACAGCCACGAGGUGCUGGAGACCUUACCCGCGUCCCCCGCGGCCCCAGGCAACGUGCAUGUGGUGAAGAAGAUCAGCAUCUCUGAGCGGCACUGCCAGGGGGCAGCAGCUCCCUCCGAGGCCCCUGCAGAAUCCUCCUCCUCCUUUCCGGAGUCUGUGGCUCUGUCCAGCAGCACAGGCAACGCUGCCUCCAGGGAGCCCGCCAGGCCAGCAGCCUCCUGCACGUCGGAGGCCACCAGGGGUGCAGCAGCGGGGCCCCAGGCCAUGGCUGUGAGAUCCAUCAUGAAGCGGAAAGAGGACCCAGCAGACGCCCCAGCCCGCCGGAGGAGCCUACAGUUUGUCGGCGUCAAUGGCGGGUACGAGUCCUCCUCCGAGGACUCCAGCACGGCAGAGAACUUCUCUGACAACGAGAGCACGGAGAACGAGGCCGCCGAGCCAGGUGAGAAGAGGGUCCCGGCGCCGUCCGAAGACCCCGAACUCAGGCCCUCGACCCCGACGGCGGCAGCAGGAACCCGGGAGUGUCGGCGCCUGCCCUCGGCCGAGGGCACCUCAGUGUCCCACACAGAAGAGGAGAUAAGGAUGGAGCUGAGCCCCGAACUCAUCUCAGCCUGCCUCGCCUUGGAGAAGUACCUGGACAACCCCAAGGCCCUCAGUGAGCGCGAGCUGAAAGUGGCCCACACCACGGUCCUGCAGGAGUGGCUGCGCCUGGCCUGCCACAGCGACGCCCACCCUGAGCUGCUGCGGCGCCACCUGGUCACCUUCAGGGCCAUGUCGGCGCGGCUGCUGCACUACGUGGUCAACAUCGCCGACGGCAAUGGCAACACUGCGCUGCACUACUCCGUGUCCCACGCCAACUUCCCCGUGGUGCGGCAGCUGCUGGACAGCGGCGUGUGCCAGGUGGACAAGCAGAACCGCGCCGGCUACAGCCCGCUGAUGCUCACGGCACUGGCCCCCCUGAAGACGCAGGACGACAUCGACACGGUCCUGCAGCUCUUCCGGCAGGGCGAUGUCAACGCCAAGGCCAGCCAGGCCGGGCAGACGGCGCUGAUGCUGGCGGUGAGCCACGGGCGCGGCGACGUGGUGCGGGCGCUGCUGGCCUGCUCGGCCGACGUCAACAUGCAGGACAGCGACGGCUCCACGGCCCUCAUGUGUGCCUGUGAGCACGGCCACCAGGACAUCGCCGCACAGCUGCUGGCCGUCCCCGCCUGCGACAUCUCCCUCACGGACCGCGAUGGGAGCACCGCACUCAUGGUGGCCCUGGACGCGGGGCAGAGCGAAGUCGCAUCCCUGCUCUACGCCCGCAUGAACGUCAAGUGCUCGUUUGCCCCGAUGUCCGAUGAUGACCGUGCAAGUGUGGCCUCGUCAUCCGCCGAGGAGUAGCCGGAAGGGGCAUCGUCCUUGUCCUCUUCCUGCUCGGGUUGGGGGCGUCCCCGCCCCGCCCCAUGCACCUUCCCGCAGCUCCACCCCUCCACCCAGCCGGGAAAGCCUCCAGGCCCCCGGGGGUGGGUUUUCCAUCUUGUCAGGGGGAGGGGAGCCUCCCCCCGCAGCCCCCACAGCCAGCCCUUUGCACCCCGUUUCCCAUCUAGACCCCCCCAGCCGGACUCUCGCCAUGGCUCCAGUGGCCAGUCCAGGGUGUGGGUUUCCAAAAGGAGCCUCGAGAACAAUCAACUGGCGGUUCUGGGCGGAGGGCCCCCCUCACUGGGGGAGGGGACAAUCCUGUCAUUUUGAAUCAUUGUUGGACAGAGGAGUCGGCAAGUUUAUGGCCAGACCUCGGGACCCACCGCUUCCCUCUGAGUCCUGAGGGUUAAUAUUAACACGGAUCCCACCCCCGGGCCAGUCAGGCCCCCCUAGAGCCUUGCACCCCACUUCAUCGACAUGCUUCCCCUCCUUUCUGCUUCACAGGGUGGGAAACAGCCUUUUUCUGCCACUUUCUCCUUGGUCAGCGUUGCCCCCCCCCCCACGGCCACCCCCCACUGCCAGGGAUGGCGCUGAGCCCUGCCAAAGGGGCGAGGGUCCCGUAGCCCCCCCACCCCAGUCUCCUCUGCCUCAAAGGCAAGAAAGCUGGGUGUGGGCUCCGGGGGCCAAAGACAGGCCAGGCGCCCCAAACCCCAUGUGUGAGCGAUUAAAAGUUGGCUGUCCCCCAGCGUCCCGGGCGCAAACUUAAAGAGACAGCACUUCCCCCAGCAGCCGCCUGCAGCCCCCCACGGCUGGAAGGGAGCGCCCCGUAGAUGCGUGUGCAGUGUCCCGCCGUCUGGCUUGCCCUGAGCAACUCCAUGCCACCCUUGGCUUGCCUCUGCUUUCGCUGCACAGAAGAAAGAAGGGAAUGUUUCCCUAAGUGCCCAGGAAGGAGGGUCCACUCCCCCAAGGCCUGAGGCCAGGGCACUCUCCAGUUCCCAUAAGCCGCAGGCUGGCCUUUGCCCCGAGCAAGUCAGUCGCUUGGCAUGUUGGACUCUGGCUGACUCUGGCUUGGAGCCUCCUGCUGGAGAACCAAAGAGCUCCAAGGCUGUGGGCUAGAGAGACCGCACAGCCGACCCGGGUUCUAUUCCCAGGGACACCGCCAGGAGUGAUCCCUGGGCAGAGCCAGGAGUAAUUCCUAAGCACCCCUGGAUGUGUGCAAAACACGAGACCACGGAGCCCCUGAUAUGUGGUGGGGGGCAAGGGGGUGUCUGAGAAUUGGCGGCAGGUUACAAAGUGCAGCCCCUUGGGAGCAGCUUGGAGAAGCAGAUGGGAGCAUCCAAGCCGGAGGAACAGGAUAGAUUUAUUUUCAGGGCUCUGAAUGCAGCUCAUGAGCUCCCCCAAAUGAACCUGUCCUGAACCCCGCCUUCCCUGCCUCCCCACCCCACUGGGCCUGGCCUUGUCCUUCACGUGUAUUCCUGCCUUUUUCACUUUCUUACCUGGCCACGGUACGCCCAUCAGACAGUAUUACACGUCAAUAAAGUAUUCCUCUUUUAUAACCCAUUGUAGAA